GUGACGGUGAAAGAGAGAGACUUGGGAACUCUGAGCGCAACCAAGCUCCUUACAAUCCACCAAACCAAACCUUCCUUCCUCAACACCUUCUUUGGAGGGUUUCCUGCUGUUUUCUUCUUCAGUUUAGAUCAAGUUUGAGCUAAAAUACCACCAAGACAACGGACUGCGGAGGUAGCCUUCCUUGAGGGAAUCUCAUUUUCUGGUCAGGUCUUCUUGGAAAUGAAAAAUGUAGGACUGUGUCUCGACUGCAAGUUCUAUGUGCUCUGCUCUGUGUUUUUCAGCUUAACUUUGUUUUGAUCCAUAGAUUUCCUUUUGUCUAAACCCUUUCUGAAUUCUCAGAAUUUUUUUUUUCUCUAAAUCAUUACUGCCUUUUGUACCCAGGUGGGGUAAACUUCUUAUUUUAUAGAAAAAAAAGAAAAGAAAAAAAAGAAAGAGGAGAAUGAAAGGAAAUUACCUUCAGUGAUCACUUUGUGAAACUAUCAUUUUCUUCAUGUUGAUUUAUUCCCGUUGUGUUCCUAACUUUAUGCAGUGCUUCACCCUUUGAUGAGUUUGUGUGCUUCACCAUUUUUAUUAUAUGAAGGGAUCCUCCUGGUCGGUUCAGUGUCUUUCUUUUCUUUUUGCCCUUUUCCUCUUCAAAUUAACAAACGAAAUUUGAGGAAGAAAAGUCUCAGAUUUUUUCUGGAUGUCAUGGAAAGUGAAGGAGUUUUGGCUUAAAUUUUACAGCAGAAAGUUGAAACAAGAGGUGGCGUGGGUCAGGUGGGUUUUUGAGGUAGAGAUUAUAUAGUUUGCCACUUUGCCCUUUAACCACUUUCUGAGAAAGAGAAUAUAAAAGACAAUGCAGACAUCGAAAGCAAGCAGAACCUCUUUGGAAGUGCCUCAGAAGAAAUCUCCUGGAACCCCUCGAACUGCUCGCCAAUUGAAGUCACCAAAAAAUGAUUCUGAUGCAGUUUCGUCUCCAAGUCCUCCUAGUAAGACAUCAAAAGAUCAAAGUCCUAAGGUUGUUGAACGCAGAUCCCCAAGCUCAGCAUCAGAGAAGAAGCGCCUAAGUAGAGUGUCUGAAUUGGAAACACAGCUUGCUCAACUUCAAGGGGAUCUAAAGAAGGCAAAGGACCAACUGAAUGCUUCUGAGUCAUGCAAGAGGGAGGCCCAGCAGGAGGCUGAGGAGGCUAAGAAGCAGCUUUCAGCCAUGUCAGCCAAGCUUGAAGAAUCUGAAGAGCAGCUUAUGGAGAUUUCUGCUUCUGAGGAUUCUCGGAUUUUAGAGCUCCGUAAAAUCUCACAAGAUCGAGAUAGAGCAUGGCAAUCUGAACUUGAGGCUGUCCAGAAGCAGCACUUGAUGGAUUCUGCUCACUUAGCUUCGGCCAUGAAUGAAAUACAGAAGCUGAAAGUUCAGAUGGAAAAGGCAUAUGAAUCUGAAGCUGUUCAAGCCAAGCAUGCUGAAUCUGCAUAUGCUGAGAUUCAGAACUUGAGGACAGAACUUUCUGAAACUAUCUCCCUGGUUGAAAAAAUGAAGUCUGAAAUCACUGAUUUCAGAGAAUCUGAAGCCAGAGCUCUUGAUAUUUUGAGUGAAACCCAAAUGCGAUUGGCUACUGAAAGUGCCACUGUGGAAAUGCUGCGUUCUGAAGGUGCCAAAGCCACAGAGGCUUACAAAUCAUUAUCAUUGGAGUUGGAGCAGUCAAAAACUCGAGUUAGAUCAUUGGAAGGACUUGUGAGCAAGCUCCAAGCUGAAAUAGUUGGCAGCAGUGGCAAAACUUCUGAGGACCCCAAAGAUGAUCCUAAGCUAUCACAGCAGAAAGAAGCAAAUGAUGAAAUAACCCAGCUCAAGAGUGAGCUUCACUAUGCAAAACUUGAAGCUAAUCAAUUGAGAUCCUCACUAGAUGCAGCUGAGGUCAGGUACCAAGAAGAAUACGUUCGGAGCACAUUGCAGAUUAGAAGUGCUUAUGAACAAGUUGAACGCAUGAAAACGGAAUCAUGUGAGAGAGAGGCAGGACUGGAGGCUGAACUAAAGAAAACCAAAGCUUUUGUAGAAGAGUUGAGCGCAAACCUAAUGGAUAAGGAAACUGAGCUGCAGGGUAUUUCGGAGGAAAAUGAGGGGCUAAAUUUGAAAAUGGAGAAAAACCAACUCUAUGAAAGAGAAUCUAAACUUCAGAAGGAGCUGAUGGAGCUAGAGGCAAACUUGGCAGAAUUGAAAGUGAAUUUAUCACAUAAGGAGACAGAACUGAAGAGUGUAACGGAGCAAAAUGAAAAGCUCAAGAUGGAAAUCGAAAAGAAGGAAAUGGAGAAUGGUAAAGUCAAUGAUGAGGCCACUGCAUUAGCAGAAGCAGGAAAGGCUGCAGAGCAAGAAGCUUUAAUGAAACUUGGCCAUUUGACUGAGGAGGCUGACAAGAGUAGCAGAAGAGCUGCACGAGUGACUGAAGAGCUUGAUGCUGCUCAGGCAGCAAAUACAGAAUUGGAGACUGAGUUGAGAAGACUAAAGGUGCAAGCAGACCAGUGGAGAAAGGCUGCCGAGGCAGCUGCUGCUAUACUUUCUACAGGAAACAAUGGUAAAUAUGCAGAGAGAACUGUGUCUCUUGACAGCAACUGCAGCCCCAUAACUGGCAACGUAGGUUCACCUUGCUCAGAAGACAUGGACGAUGACUCACCCAAGAAGAAGAAUGGCAACAUGUUGAAAAAGAUAGGUGUGUUAUGGAAGAAGGGCCAGAAAUAGAUGGUAAAUUCAGUAGGUUGCAUCAAUUCCCUCUCAAAAAUAAUACUUCUGAUGGUUUUUCAUUCCAAGUAACUCUCCAUCCUAUUCUUGUACUGUUUAAAAUGGAAUUUGUGUGGGAGGAUUGCCUGGCUAAUGUGUUCCUACAGCAUCUUGUAAUCUUGUAUGAGUACAAAAAUUAUCAUUUCUGUUUCUAUAUAUAUGCCCUUGUGAUCUUAAUAAUCUUUGUAGCUAUCA